AUGCAGAGUGUGCAGAGUCUGUCGAAGCGGUGCUUUUGCCUGGGCUUUCUGCUGCUCCACGUCCUGGGACAGGUCGCUGCGACCCAGCGCUGUCCCGCCCAGUGUCCCGUGCGGUGUCCCAAGACGCCGCCAACCUGCGCCCCCGGGGUGAGGGCCGUGCUGGACGACUGCUCCUGCUGUCUGGUGUGCGCCCGCCAGCGCGGCGAGAGCUGCUCGCUGCUGGAGCCUUGCGAGGAGAGCCGCGGCCUCUUCUGCGACCGCAGAGCGGACCCCAGCGCGGGAACCGGCAUCUGCAUGGCUGUAGAAGGAGACAACUGCGUGUUUGAUGGGGUCAUUUACCAAAGUGGAGAGACCUUUCAGCCAAGCUGCAAAUACCAGUGCACCUGCAGAGACGGGCAGAUUGGCUGUGUGCCCCGCUGCGAGGAAGACCUGCUCCUGCCCCAGCCUGACUGCCCAGCUCCCAGGAAAGUCGAAGUGCCCGGGGAGUGCUGUGAAAAGUGGAUCUGUGACUCAAAUGAGAAGGCAGAAUUAGGAGGCCUUGCCCUUCCAGCCUACAGGACAGAAGCCACUGUAGGUGUUGCAGUCUCCGACUCUAGCAUCAACUGCAUUGAGCAGACCACGGAGUGGAGCGCAUGCUCCAAGAGCUGUGGCAUGGGUUUUUCCACCCGGGUCACCAACCGGAAUCCACAGUGUGAGAUGGUGAAGCAGACUCGCCUCUGCAUGGUGCGGCCCUGUGAACAAGAACACAAGCAACCGACAGAUAAGAAAGGUAAGAAGUGUCUUCGUACCACAAAGUCACUCAAAGCCAUCCACCUGCAGUUCAAGAACUGUACCAGCCUGCACACCUACAAGCCCAGGUACUGUGGGGUCUGCAGCGAUGGCCGGUGCUGCACCCCCCAUAACACCAAAACCAUCCAGGUAGAGUUCCAGUGCUCCCCAGGGCAAAUCAUCAAGAAACCAGUGAUGACCAUCGGAACCUGCACCUGUCACAGCAACUGUCCUCAUAACCACGAGGCCUUACUCCAAGAGUUAAAGCCAAACACCAGCAGAGGGGAAAUGUAA